UUAUAAACUACAAUAAUGAUUAUUUACAAGUUGUAAGAAUAAUUGUGAAGUUUUGUGAGAAAAAUUGCGACUUUUCCCUGAGAAAUAAAUGUGAGAGGUUCUUGUGUCAUAAUUUAUCAUAAUCAAGUAAAAUAUAAAAGACAAUAUGUACAGUAUAUUUCUACCCUUUGCCUCCCUAAUAAUGGAUCUAGUGACGGCCUAUGUUUACCUUAAGAAUGAAUUCUGGUUUUCAGGAAUAUCUACAGCAUUGAUAGCUCUCCUUCCUCUUGUUACAUCCACAGCACUUCUGUAUACAGGCUGUGCCAGAAUUCAGCAGGCCACAAUACUGCUUGGAUUUAUGCAUGCUGGUCCUCAAAUAAUACUUCAAACUACUAUCUUAGUCAAAUAUUGGAAUCAUUUUCAAGGGGUGCUUAUCAGCUAUGGGUCUAUAGACAGCCCUCAGUCGACAAUAAUUGUAUUAACCUGUUUGUGUGGAUCCCUGGUUCUAGCUAAAUCUGCUAGAGAAUGCCAUUUUUUAUGUCAGGCUCCUUCGAAACCUCUUCGUGUGACAGCCUCUUACUUCAGAGCAAGUCCAUUCUUUCUUUUCCACAUAAUCUUCAGGGGGAUUUCUUUAGGUUAGUUUUAUUAAGCCAAAAAACUGUUUACUAAAUUUUUCACAUAAUCUUCAGGGGGAUUUCUUUAGGUUAGUUUUAUUAAGCCAAGAGACUGUUUACUCAAUUUUCCACAUAAUCUUCAGGGGGAUU